CCGCCGAGCACACCAGAUCGCGAAUAUCAUCGAUUUGUGGGCAAGUUUUGGGUGAUGCAACGUGGUGCACGAGUGAAGAAGUUGAAGUAAACUAGACCAACGGGUGAAAUCUAAUAUUAAUCAGACAGCUUGAAAGUCGCAAAAUCGCUUUGGAGGUACACACAAACGGCAUUUCAUCACUCCUUUGGAGGGGCUCACCACUGUGGACGUGCUCGGAAACGCGCCCAUACUAUAUUCUUCACUUAUUACCCAUCCAAGGUCUCCCGCUUCCUAUUAGCUGCUAAAAGUGCCAUUGCGGAGGAAAUCCAAAGAAGUCUUAGCCAGUAUGGUGCUGUUCUUGCAAAAACGCAGACGGAUGGAUUUUCUAGUGAAGAUCUACCUCUGCGCCACUGUGCUUCAGUGUGAAUUCCUUGAGGGUGAGCUUUUUUUUUCAAAAUCAAAAAUUUCUUCGUCUUUUAAAAAAAAAAGUACUUUAACGAUCAUUUUUCUGCCCAAUAUAGACACCAGUGCCCAAGGGAUCAUCGCACAAGCACUCUUCCUCGGGGAUCCAACAAUGUACAACAAUACAAUGGAAAAUUGCAUUUGGAAGCGUGGAAAUGAUCGCGAUCAGUGCCCUGAUCCUGACAUGAAUAUGAUCCUCUACACGAACAAUGGGAAAAUUCAGAGGAAGACAGUGUUGGACAUGGAUCAGGCUGAUUGGUUGCGCAAUAGUGGUUUUAAUCCCGAACACGAGAGCAUCAUUCUGAUCCACGGCUACGCUGGUGGGGACGAUACUCUACCAAUGGUUGUUCUCAGGGACGCAUACCUCCGACACGAGGACUACAAUGUUUUUGUAGCUGACUGGGGUGCCCUGGCGCAACCGCCAUGCUACGUGGCUGCUGUACACAACCUUCGCCCUGUGGCUAGGUGCUUUGCCAAACUCUUCACCUUCUUGCGGGAUUCAGGGCUACGGGUGGAACAAACAACGUGUGUGGGGCACUCACUGGGAGCACAUGUAUGCGGUCUGAUGGCGAAUUAUUUAACCUUCCGCCUGGAGAAGAUCAUUGGGCUGGAUCCAGCAAGACCCCUUGUGAAGCUCGGCAACGCCUUCCGGUUGGAUAGUGGAGAUGCAAAAGCUGUCCAGGUGCUGCACACAAAUGCUGGGCACUAUGGUGAGAGUGGACGCAUAGGGCAUGUGGAUUUCUGCAUAAAUAACGGCAAGAGGCAACCCUUCUGUUCCCCAACAUCCAAUAUUCACCUCUGCAGCCAUAUUUGGUCUAUUUGCUACUUAGGAGCUACAAUUUUCUCCGACGUUCACGGAGAACCCUGCUCAAGACGCUGUGGUGGUCCUGCUGGUCAAGGACCUCUCGCAGCAUGGAGACAAUCACGCAAUAACUAUCGCCAACUCAUCACAAACUCCAUUCCAAUGGGACACAAAACACCCAACAAUGCCUUUGGAACUUUCUGUCUAAGAGAUGAAAACCCACCGUUCUGCCCAAGAUUCCCUGGAGAUGUUGGGGAUCAGAGGUGUUGUGUCAACAACGAAGCAAAGAAGCUGUAAUGCUGAGGAAUGAAAAUCCCACAGAAAACUUUUGUAUACAAAGAAUACUCUUCUAAGGAACUUCUAAGAAAAUUCUAAGGAAUAUAAUAGGAUAGUUUUUUAUACGUAAAGCCAUAAGGAUUUAAUCACUCUUGUUUUUGUAGCACAAAGAAUUAAUAAGAAGUGUGUUCGUUUGAGGGAACAAUUAUGGACUUUCAUCAAAGCUGGUUUAUCUCGCAGUAUUUAAAAGAAAAUAACAUUUCUGACACCAAAGAGUUUUACGAAACCAUCAAAAAUUUGCAAAAAUAAACCACCAAAAAUUCUAUUUUUUGAGAUAAAUUAGCAAAAAAGCAUAAAAGUUUCCCAACGAAAAUUUUAAGUUAAUUAAAUUCUGAGAAAUAUUUUAGGAAAACUCCUUUCCAAACUCAUUGAAUUUGAGUUUAUUUGAAGCGGUUUUAAUUUUAAGUUUGUUCUUACAAUUAAAUACUCGAGUUUAUAUUAAUAAAAGUAUUGUUAAAUGGU